CUUUCCGCGCAUGCGCGCUAGGUUGAAUUGUUUACAUCGCGUCUGUUGCGGUUCUAGCAAUUUGUUAGUUCAUUGCACCUGGCACCUGUCGUGAAAAGUCGCACCAUCGCGUGCACAGGUUUAACGAUGUAUUGUCCAAGCGAGUAUCAAAAAACUAUCGUUGAAUUUAGAGUAAACUAAUUGUUAGGAAUAUGUCAUUAAAGCACAAAAACGAGUAUCGCAGAUCCAUCGAGGACUAUCUGCCUGCAGCACCUGUUAGACGCAAGAUUGGCCUCUAUUGGAUCCUAGCUACAUUAAGGAUUGCUCUAACUUUUGCUCCGCAGACAGGCUACAUUCAUCCAGACGAAUUCUUUCAAUCGAUAGAAGUUAUCUCUGGAGAUCACUUUGACAUCGAUGUUUACAAACCAUGGGAAUUCAAUGCCACGUUUCCUGUGCGCACCGCGUUCAUUCCUCAACUCGUGGUUGGACUGCCUUAUGCAAUUCUCAAGAGAUUGUCUUCGUAUACACUUUAUUUUUUUGGACUAUCAUUGAAGGGACCAUACUUCUUCGUGCUCUUUCCACGGCUCUUCAUGUGUGCACUGUCAUUCCUGUCGGAUUAUUUUCUGUACAAGAUCUGCUGUAUGUAUGGGCAAAACUACAGGGUCAGACUAGUCACAUAUGCCAGUUCCUACGUUAUGUUGACUUAUGCCACUCGUACCUUAUCCAAUUCUAUCGAACUGGUGCUAACUGCUGCACUGUUAUACUUUGCUUCCCGGUGCAUGGCAUAUUCGGAGAAGGUGGUACUCCAGAGCGAUUAUCUUUCCAAAAAGUAUAACGAAGCAACGACCGGAGGGGAGCGUGUCAAGUACUAUAAACUUAAAGCCAUGUUACCCUCGCAUUCGUUGAACCAUUGCUUUCUACUGGCUACGAUAACAGUGGUAGGAAUAUUCAACAGGCCGACCUUCGUUGCGUUUGCCUUCGCUCCCAUCUUCUUCUGGCUGCAAAGAGGCCUGGGUUCCAAAAGCGUUGGCUUCAAGGACUUCAACAUCAGAAUAUUUGCUUUCAUCCUCUGCGGAUUGCCGACCGCGCUUUUAUUUAUUCUAAUCGAUAGCUUCUACUUCGGAUACUUGACGAUGGGAGAAAUAGGCCAAUUGAAGAUCGGGAUAAACAAUUUUGUGGUGACGCCGGUAAAUUUCCUCAAGUAUAACGCGAAUACGAAGAAUCUGGAGGUACAUGGACUGCAUCCUCGUCUUUUGCACUUUUUCGUAAACGUUCCACUGCUCUUCAGCGUCCUGGGCAUCGUCGGGUUGCUGACAUUUGCGAAAAUGAUAUACAGCGGAUUGAAAGCGCGAUGGCUGCAUUUGCCACGUCUGCAGAGCAUCGUGGGCCUGAUGACCUGCACGUUCGUCGUUCCAAUCGCCUUGCUAUCUCUAUUUCCUCAUCAGGAGCCCCGUUUUAUAAUCCCGGUACUUUUCCCGCUGGUAUUCCUUUACGCGCCCGAUCUGAGCCAAGUCCCUUGUCUGGAUAUUGUCCGGUUCAACGAUAAGAAUGACGAAUCUACUACCGAACUUCCACAGAGCAAACCGGGAAAAUUGACGUUCUGGUACGUCAGCAAUCUGUUGUUGGCUUUCUUCUACGCUUUCGCGCAUCAAGGUGGAGUUUUCCCGCUGACGUCUCACAUCACGACGGAACUGAAGGCUAAACCGCAUCUCACGCACGUGCAUUUAUAUACUUCGUACAGUUACUCGCUACCUACAGCAUUGCUACAACUCCGCAAUACUCGUAAAGUCUAUCGUAGCAGUAGUAAUCACAAGUACAAGCUGACACAGGAUUUCCACCUGUAUGAGCAGGGUUCCAAGCCCCUAUCAGAGGUGUUCGACAGCAUUGUCAAGAGGAUCAGGGACUGCGAAGAGAAAUUCGUCGUCAAGAGGAUACCUUAUAGACUGUACUAUGCGUUACCAGCCUCCGCGAUAAAUGAAUUCGUGGAGCUAUCGAACAACAGAUCGAACUUGUUCAGAUUUCACAUAGUCAAGACUUUUUAUCCUCACAUUUCCAUAGAGAGAUUACCGUCUUUGCGAUCGAUCCAUAUACUCGAAAACAUGUUAAGUUUGCAGAGCGAUGAUAUUUUUAAAAGCUUUAUCAAAGCUACCAAAGAUGUUUGUGAGUACAUCGAGCAAUUUAGAUUGCUAUUGCUAAAAAUCGAAUAUUUUCUGCCUGAACCAAAGCAAAGAAAGUACAAUGAGCAAGUUAAAGAAAUAAUUAAUAAUGAUUGAAUAAAUUUAAAAAAUAGAAAUAAUAUU